GCCUGGCGGUCACUACGGCUCCGGGAGCAGCCGCGGGCCGAUACGGCUGUGGCCACAGCACCGCGGGCCCUGCAGCUGCCGGGCCGCAGCCACCACCACGCCACGAGCCCCGCGCAGCGCCAUGGAUAAGCUGCAACGAUUGAAGGAAGAGAAGGAAGCCAAGCGGGCUCAUCUGGAUGGGAGGCAUGAGUAUUUAUUUGCAAUUGUAGCUUCCUGUUUGGACCUGAACAAAACUGAAGUGGAGGAUGCCAUUCUGGAUGGCAAUCAGAUUGAAAGAAUUGAUCAGCUUUUUGCUGUUGGAGGUCUACGUCACCUUAUGUUUUACUAUCAGGAUAUGGAGGUAGCAGAAACAGGACAGCUUGGCUCUCCAGGAGAGGGAAAUCCUGUUUCUGGAAAGAUAAAAAAAACUAAGGUGUUCGUGACCGAGGGAAAAGAUGUUGCUCUUACAGGAGUGUGUGUGUUCUUCAUUAGGCCUGACCCUUCCAAAGCCAUCACCCCUGAGAACAUCCAUCGGGAGGUGAGCUUCAACAUGUUGGAUACUGCAGAUGGGGGCCUGUUGAACAGCAUGAGACGGCUGCUGUCAGACAUCUUCAUCCCUGCACUCAGGGCCACGAGCCAUGGCUGGGGUGAGCUCCAGGGUCUUCAGGAAGCAUCUAACAUCCAGCAAGAGUUCCUGAACUCUCUGGAAGGUUUUGUGAAUGUCCUGUUGGGUGCACAGGAGAGUUUGAAGGAGAAGGUGAAUUUUCAAAAGUGUGAGAUAUUUCAACUGAAAACCCUGAAGGAACCAAUAGACUACUUGACUCUGGCUAAUAAUCCUGAGACUUUGGAAAAAGUAGAGGGUUGUAUGAAAGUAUGGAUCAGACAGACUGAACAGGUCCUUGCUGAAAACAACCAGCUGCGGAAGGAGUCAGAUGACGUCGGGCCCCGAGCAGAGUUGGAGUACUGGAAAAAGAGAUUAUCCAAGUUUAACUAUCUUUUGGAGGAGCUGAAGAGCCCUGAUGUGAAGGCUGUUUUGGCAGUCCUUGCUGCUGCAAAGUCAAGACUUCUGAAGAUAUGGCGGGAGACGGAUAUUCGAAUCACUGAUGCAGCUAAUGAAGCCAAGGACAAUGUCAAAUACUUGUACACCCUUGAGAAAUGCUGUGAUCCUUUGUACAGCAGUGACCCUAUAUCCAUGAUUGAUGCCAUUCCUACCCUUAUAAGUGCGAUUAAAAUGAUCUAUAGCAUCUCUCAUUACUACAACACCUCUGAGAAGAUCACAUCUCUGUUUGUAAAGGUGACAAAUCAGAUGAUAUCUGCAUGCAAAGCCUACAUUACCAACAAUGGAACUGCUUCCAUCUGGAACCAGCCGCAGGAUAUUGUGAUGGAAAAAAUAUUAUCUGCAAUUACACUUAAGCAGGAAUACCAGCACUGCUUUCAUAAGACAAAGCAGAAGCUUAAAGAAAACCCACAUGAGAAGCAAUUUGAAUUUAGUGAGAUGUAUAUUUUUGGAAAAUUUGAAACUUUCCACCGACGUCUUGCCAAGAUAAUAGACAUCCUCACAACUUUCAAGACCUAUUCAGUCCUGCAAGAUUCUAAGAUUGAAGGGCUAGAAGAUAUGGUCACUAAAUAUCAGGGCAUUGUUGCAACUAUAAAGAAAAAGGAAUAUAAUUUCUUAGAUCAGCGGAAAAUGGAUUUUGACCAGGAUUAUGAAGAAUUUUGCAAGCAAAUUGAUGACCUUCAUAAUGAGUUACAGAAGUUCAUGGAUGUUACAUUUGAAAAAAUUCAAAACACAAAUCAAGCUCUAAGUAUGUUAAAGAAAUUUGAAAGAUUGAACAUACCUAAUCUUGGUAUUGAUGACAAAUACAGGCUAAUCCUUGAGAACUAUGGGACUGACAUUGAUAUGAUUUCAAAAUUGUACACAAAGCAGAAAUAUGAUCCUCCUCUGGCUCGAGACCAGCCUCCCAUUGCUGGGAAGAUUUUAUGGGCCCGUCAGCUCUUCCACAGGAUCGAGCAACCCAUGCAGCUUUUCCAGCAGCACCCAAGUGUGCUGAAGACACCAGAAGCCAAGCCUAUAAUUCGCAGUUACAACAGGAUGGCCAAGGUCCUCCUGGAAUUUGAGGUCCUCUACCACAGGGCAUGGCUUCAACAAAGUGAAGCUGUUCACAUAGUUCUUGAGGCUUCUUUGUUGGUGAAGGCUCCAGGCACAGGCGAAUUGUUUGCAAACUUUGACCCUCAGAUAUUAGUCUUAUUUCGAGAGACAGAGUGCAUGUCCCAGAUGGGUCUGGAAGUCUCACCCCUAGCAGCUGCCCUCUUCCAGAAACGGGAUACCUACAAAAAGAAUUUCAGUGACAUGAAGAUGAUGCUGGCUGAGUAUAAGCGAGUAAAGUCAAAAAUGCCUCGGACCAUUGAGCAACUGAUGGUCCCACACUUGGCUAAAGUGGAUGAAGCUCUCCAGCCUGGUUUGACUGCCCUGACCUGGACAUCCCUGAAUAUUGAGACGUAUUUAGAAAAUGCUUUUGCAAAGAUCAAGGACCUGGAGUUGCUUCUUGACAGGGUCAAUGACUUGAUUGAGUUCCGCAUUGAUUCCGUUCUAGAGGAAAUGAGUGGCACACCGCUGUGUCAGCUCCCCCAGGAGGAACCACUCACCUGUGAAGAAUUUCUCCAAAUGACAAAGGAUCUUUGUGUAAAAGGUGCUCAGAUAUUACAUUUUAAAAGCUCAUUAGUAGAAGAAGCAGUCAACGAGCUAAUAAAUAUGUUGUUGAGUGUGGAAGUACAAUCUAAAAAAGACAGUGAGAAAAUAUUGAACAAAAUUUGUGCUGAUUCAAAAAAUGUAACUACAGCCAAAAGAGAAGAAGGAAAUUCUGACACCCUGCCUUUUCCCCUUAAUGCGGAGGCUGGCUCCCUGCCUUUGAUGACAGUCACGAGAGGGAAGAAAGGGACAGAGAUGCUGGAAGAAGCCUGCGAGUUGCUCUCCCAUUUCAACCAUCAAAACAUGGAUGCUCUCCUGAAAGUUACAAGGAACACCCUGGAGGCCAUCCGCAAACGCAUUCACUCCUCCCACGCAAUUAACUUCCAGGACAGGAACAGUGUGUCUGUGAUGAAGCUGAGCAGUGUGCCCAUUUUCCGGGCAAGCAUCACUCUGGCCAUUCCCAACAUUGCCAUGGCUCCUGCCCUGGAAGACAUACAGCAGACACUGAACAAAGCUGUGGAGUGCAUCAUCAGUGUGCCCAAGGGGGUCCGACAGUGGAGCAGCGAGCUGUUGUCCAAGAAAAAGAUGCAUGAAAGAAAAGUGGCUGCUUCACAGAACAAUGAGGAUAGUGAUUCUGAUGAUGAAAUGGGAGAAAAUGAACUUCAAGAUACCUUUGAGAUAGCAUCUGUAAAUUUACCCAUUCCUGUGCAAACCAAGAACUAUUACAAGAACAUUUCUGACAAUAAAGAGAUAGUAAAAUUAGUCUCUGUGCUUAGCACAAUCAUCAACUCAACCAAGAAGGAAGUUAUUACAUCAAUGGACUGUUUCAAAAGCUAUAAUCACAUUUGGCAAAAGGAGAAAGAAGAAACCAUUAGGACAUUUAUCAUGAACAAUCCCUUGCUUUCUGAGUUUGAAUCCCAGAUUCUCUAUUUCCAGAACCUAGAGCAGGAGAUUAAUGCAGAGCCUGAGUACAUCUCUGUGGGUUCCAUUGCUCUGUAUACAGCUGACUUGAAGUUUGCUCUGACUGCUGAGACAAAAGCCUGGAUGGUUGUCAUAGGGCGUCACUGUAAUAAAAAAUACAGGAAUGAGAUGGAAAACAUUUUUACCCUUGUUGAAGAAUUCAGUAAGAAACUGAAUCGUCCAAUUAAAGACCUAGAUGAUAUUCGGAUUGCAAUGGCAACGCUGAAAGAAAUCCGGGAGCAGCAAAUCUUCAUUGACUUUCAAGUGGGACCUAUUGAGGAAUCUUAUGCUCUGCUUAAUAAAUAUGGACUUCUAAUAGCAAAGGAAGAGAUGGACAAAGUUGAUACUCUGCAUUAUGCAUGGGAAAAACUUCUGGCCCGUGCCAGUGAAGUACAGAAUGAAUUGGUCUCACUGCAGCCCAGUUUCAGAAAAGAACUUAUUAGCACUGUAGAAGUCUUCCUGCAGGACUGUCACCAGUUUUAUCUGGACUAUGAUUUGAAUGGUCCAAUGGCUAGCGGCUUGAAACCACAGGAAGCCAAUGAUAGGCUUAUCAUAUUUCAGAAUCAAUUUGAUAACAUCUACCGGAAAUAUAUCACCUAUACUGGAGGAGAAGAACUUUUUGGCCUUCCUGUUACACAGUAUCCUCAGCUUCUUGAAAUAAAGAAGCAACUAAAUCUUCUUCAGAAAAUAUACAGUCUGUAUAACAGUGUCAUAGAAACUGUAAACAGUUAUCACGAUGUUCUUUGGUCAGAAGUGAAUAUUGAAAAAAUUAACAGUGAACUGUUAGAGUUCCAGAACAGGUGUCGGAAGCUGCCCAGGGCCCUGAAGGACUGGCAGGCUUUCUUGGACCUGAAGAAGAUGAUCGAUGAUUUCAGCGAGUGUUGCCCACUGCUGGAGUACAUGGCCAGUAAGGCCAUGAUGGAGCGGCACUGGCAGAGGAUAGCUGCCAUCACUGGGCACAGUCUGGAUGUGGGGAGUGAAACCUUUAAGUUAAGGAAUAUCAUGGAGGCCCCUCUUCUGAAAUACAAAGAAGAAAUAGAGGACAUCUGUAUCAGCGCAGUGAAAGAAAGAGACAUCGAACAAAAGCUAAAGCAAGUGAUUCAUGAAUGGGACAACAAAACAUUCACAUUUGGUGGCUUUAAAACCCGUGGAGAACUCCUCCUGCGAGGAGACAGCACCUCAGAAAUCAUUGCUAACAUGGAGGACAGCUUGAUGUUGCUGGGUUCCCUACUGAGCAACAGGUACAAUAUGCCCUUCAAAGCUCAGAUUCAAAAAUGGGUGCAGUACCUUUCCAACUCGACAGACAUCAUCGAGAACUGGAUGACAGUGCAAAACUUGUGGAUUUAUUUAGAAGCCGUCUUUGUGGGAGGGGACAUUGCCAAGCAGUUGCCCAAGGAGGCCAAGCGCUUUUCCAAUAUUGAUAAAUCUUGGGUGAAGAUCAUGACUCGGGCACAUGAAAUGCCAAAUGUGGUUCAGUGUUGUGUUGGAGAUGAGACCAUGGGACAGCUAUUACCACACUUGCUGGACCAGUUGGAAAUAUGCCAGAAAUCCCUUACUGGAUACUUGGAGAAAAAACGUCUUUGCUUUCCUCGCUUCUUCUUCGUCUCGGAUCCCGCUCUUCUGGAGAUUCUGGGGCAGGCGUCGGACUCCCACACUAUCCAAGCCCAUUUACUGAAUGUAUUUGACAACAUUAAAUGCGUCAAGUUCCAUGACAAGAUCUACGACUGCAUUCUGUCAGUUUCCUCCCGAGAGGGUGAGGUAAUUGAAUUGGACAAACCUGUGAUGGCAGAGGGAAAUGUAGAAGUUUGGCUUAAUUCUCUCCUGGAGGAAUCUCAGUCCUCGUUACAUCAUGUGAUUCGUCAGGCAGCUGCAAAUAUUCAAGAAACAGGUUUCCAAUUGAUUGAAUUUCUUUCUUCCUUCCCUGCUCAGGUUGGGUUAUUAGGAAUUCAAAUGAUAUGGACAAGAGAUUCAGAAGAAGCCCUUAGAAAUGCCAAAUUUGAUAAAAAAAUCAUGCAGAAAACCAAUCAGUCUUUCCUGGAGCUACUGAACACACUGAUAGACAUCACCACAAAGGAUCUGAGUUCCGUGGAGCGAGUUAAAUUUGAGACUCUGAUUACUAUUCACGUGCACCAAAGGGAUAUCUUCGAUGACCUGUGUCACAUGCACAUCAAGAGCCCAACAGACUUUGAGUGGCUGAAGCAGUGCAGAUUUUAUUUUAAUGAAGAUUCUGACAAGAUGAUGAUUCACAUCACUGAUGUGGCUUUCAUAUACCAGAAUGAAUUUUUAGGCUGCACCGACAGACUUGUCAUAACUCCUCUCACAGACAGGUGUUACAUCACGCUGGCCCAAGCCCUGGGAAUGAGCAUGGGGGGAGCCCCUGCUGGACCUGCAGGAACAGGCAAAACAGAGACCACCAAAGAUAUGGGACGUUGUCUUGGGAAAUAUGUUGUGGUUUUCAACUGUUCAGAUCAGAUGGAUUUUCGAGGACUUGGGAGGAUUUUUAAAGGACUGGCACAAUCUGGAUCCUGGGGUUGUUUUGAUGAAUUCAACCGUAUUGAUCUACCAGUUCUCUCAGUUGCAGCCCAGCAAAUUUCCAUUAUUCUCACCUGUAAAAAGGAACGUAAAAAAUCUUUCAUUUUUACUGAUGGAGAUAAUGUGACUAUGAACCCUGAAUUUGGACUUUUUCUAACCAUGAAUCCCGGCUAUGCUGGGCGGCAGGAACUCCCUGAAAACUUGAAGAUUAACUUCCGCUCAGUGGCCAUGAUGGUCCCCGACCGUCAGAUUAUCAUAAGAGUGAAGUUGGCCAGUUGUGGCUUCAUAGACAAUGUUGUUUUGGCAAGGAAGUUUUUCACGCUCUACAAGCUGUGUGAGGAACAGCUUUCUAAGCAGGUACAUUAUGAUUUUGGGCUGCGUAAUAUUCUGUCAGUCCUGCGGACUUUGGGGGCAGCAAAGAGAGCCAGCCCCACAGACACGGAAUCCACAAUUGUCAUGCGUGUACUACGAGACAUGAAUCUUUCAAAACUGAUUGAUGAAGAUGAACCCUUAUUUUUGAGUUUGAUUGAAGAUCUUUUCCCAAAUAUUCUUUUGGACAAGGCAGGUUACCCUGAACUGGAAGCAGCAAUUAGUAGACAGGUUGAAGAAGCUGGCUUAGUUAACCAUCCUCCUUGGAAACUGAAAGUCAUCCAGCUGUUCGAGACACAGAGAGUGAGGCAUGGAAUGAUGACCCUGGGGCCUAGUGGAGCAGGAAAAACCACCUGCAUCCACACCUUGAUGAAGGCCAUGACAGAUUGUGGAAAACCACACCGGGAAAUGAGAAUGAAUCCCAAGGCAAUUACUGCCCCACAGAUGUUUGGUCGGCUUGACGUGGCCACAAAUGACUGGACUGAUGGAAUAUUUUCUACUCUUUGGAGGAAAACACUGAAGGCUAAGAAAGGAGAACAUAUCUGGAUAGUUCUUGAUGGUCCAGUAGAUGCCAUCUGGAUUGAAAAUCUGAAUUCUGUCUUGGAUGAUAACAAAACCCUAACCCUUGCCAAUGGUGAUCGGAUUCCCAUGGCUCCCAACUGCAAGAUUGUUUUCGAACCUCACAACAUUGACAAUGCCUCUCCUGCUACUGUCUCAAGAAAUGGCAUGGUUUUCAUGAGUUCUUCUGUCCUUGAUUGGAGUCCUAUUCUUGAGGGUUUCCUUAAGAAGCGCCCACCCCAAGAGGCCACGGCUCUUCGCCAGCUCUACACGGAGUCUUUCCCAGACCUGUACCGCUUCAGUGUUCAGAACCUGGAGUACAAGAUGGACCUGCUGGAGGCCUUCGUGGUCACUCAAAGCAUCAACUUGCUGCAAGGCCUGAUCCCACCCAAGGAGCACGGCGGGGAGCUGCGGCCAGAGCACCUGCAGCGGCUCUACAUCUUCGCGCUGCUCUGGAGCGUGGGCGCCGCGCUGGAGCCGGCUGGCCGGCGCCGCCUGGAGCACUGGCUGCGGGAGCAGCCGGCAUCCUCGCUGGACCUGCCGCCGCUGGCCGGCCCCGGAGACUCGGCCUUCGACUACUACGUGGCUCUCGAUGGUACCUGGAUGCACUGGAACACACGCACACAGGAGUACGUGUAUCCCUCAGACUCCAUUCCAGAGUAUGGCUCUAUCCUGGUGCCAAAUGUUGACAAUGUGAGGACCGACUUUCUGAUCAAAACCAUUGCUAAACAGGGCAAGGCUGUGUUAUUAAUUGGUGAGCAAGGGACAGCCAAAACGGUCAUCAUCAAAGGAUUUAUGUCCAAAUAUGAUCCUGAGAGUCACAUGGUCAAGAGUCUGAACUUCUCAUCUGCAACCAGCCCACUGAUGUUUCAGAGGACAAUAGAGAGCUAUGUCGAUAAACGCAUGGGUACAACAUAUGGCCCCCCUGCAGGAAAGAAGAUGACUGUUUUUAUUGAUGAUGUGAAUAUGCCAAUAAUCAAUGAGUGGGGAGAUCAGGUCACUAAUGAGAUAGUACGGCAGCUGAUGGAGCAAAAUGGAUUCUAUAAUCUGGAGAAGCCAGGAGAGUUUACCAACAUUGUGGACAUCCAGUUUUUGGCAGCCAUGAUCCAUCCUGGGGGUGGACGCAAUGACAUACCCCAAAGACUCAAGAGGCAGUUCUCUAUUUUUAACUGCACAUUGCCCUCUGAUGCUUCUGUGGACAAGAUCUUUGGUGUGAUUGGGGAAGGCUAUUAUUGUAUCCAGAGGGGUUUCUCAGAGGAAGUGAGAGAUUCAGUGACCAGACUGGUGCCACUGACACGCCGACUAUGGCAGAUGACCAAGAUGAAAAUGCUCCCUACCCCUGCCAAGUUCCAUUAUGUGUUUAACCUUCGGGAUCUUUCCAGGAUCUGGCAAGGAAUGCUUAGCACGACUUCAGAAGUCAUCAGAGAACCAGAUGAGCUGUUAAGACUGUGGAAGCAUGAGUGUAAACGGGUUAUAGCUGAUCGUUUCACGGUGUCUGAUGAUGUGACAUGGUUUGAUAAGGCUUUAGCAAAUUUGGUGGAGGAAGAAUUUGGUGAAGAGAAAAAACUCUUGGUUGAUUGUGGAGUUGAUGCUUAUUUUGUGGAUUUCUUGAGGGAUGCACCUGAAGCCACAGGCGAAACAUCUGAGGAGGCUGAUGCUGAAAUGCCCAAAAUUUAUGAGCCAAUUGAAUCUUUUAAUCACCUAAAGGAGCGUUUGAAUAUGUUCCUGCAGCUCUAUAAUGAGAGUGUCCGUGGCACUGGCAUGGACAUGGUGUUCUUUGCAGAUGCAAUGGCUCAUUUAGUCAAGAUCUCCCGUGUCAUUCGUACUCCUCGGGGCAAUGCCCUCCUGGUUGGGGUGGGCGGAUCGGGAAAGCAGAGUCUGACCAGAUUGGCUUCGUUCAUUGCUGGCUAUACUUCCUUCCAGAUCACUCUGACAAGGUCCUACAACACUUCAAAUCUGAUGGAAGACCUGAAGAUUUCGUAUCGAACUGCUGGUCAACAAGGCAAAGGAAUCACGUUUAUUUUCACAGACAAUGAGAUUAAAGAUGAGUCAUUUUUGGAAUAUAUGAACAAUGUCUUAUCAUCAGGAGAGGUCUCCAACCUAUUUGCCCGUGAUGAAAUUGAUGAAAUUAAUAGUGAUCUGACAUCAGUCAUGAAAAAGGAAUUCCCCAGGCGUCCUCCUACCAACGAGAACCUGUACGACUACUUCAUGAGUCGGGUCCGGCAGAACCUGCAUAUUGUUCUCUGCUUUUCACCUGUGGGGGAGAAAUUCCGAAAUCGAGCUCUGAAGUUCCCUGCCCUUAUUUCAGGAUGCACCAUUGACUGGUUCAGCCGAUGGCCUAAGGACGCCUUAGUUGCUGUGUCUGAACACUUCCUCUCCUCCUAUCAUAUUGACUGCAGUUUGGAGACCAAGAAGGAGGUGGUUCAGUGCAUGGGCUCCUUCCAGGAUGGGGUGGCUGAGAAGUGUGUCGAUUACUUCCAGAGAUUUCGACGCUCUACCCAUGUGACUCCCAAGUCAUACCUCUCCUUUAUUCAGGGUUAUAAGUUCAUAUAUGGAGAAAAGCACAUGGAAGUGCAGACACUGGCCAACAGGAUGAACACUGGAUUAGAAAAGUUAAAAGAAGCUUCAGAGUCUGUUGCAGCCCUGAGCAAAGAACUGGAACUAAAAGAGAAGGAGCUGCAAGUGGCCAAUGAUAAAGCUGACAUGGUCUUAAAAGAAGUGACAAUGAAGGCACAGGCUGCUGAAAAGGUCAAGGCUGAGGUUCAGAAGGUGAAGGACAAAGCCCAGGCCAUUGUGGACAGCAUCUCUAAAGACAAAGCCAUUGCUGAGGAAAAACUGAAAGCUGCAAAGCCCGCUUUAGAAGAAGCAGAAGCAGCGUUGCAGACGAUCAAGCCUUCUGACAUCGCAACUGUGCGCACACUGGGCAGGCCCCCUCACCUCAUCAUGCGCAUCAUGGACUGUGUGCUGCUGCUGUUUCAAAGGAAAGUCAACGUGGUGAAAAUUGACCUGGAAAGAAGCUGUACCAUUCCCUCCUGGCAGGAAUCUUUAAAACUGAUGACUGCAGGCAACUUCUUACAGAACUUACAGCAAUUCCCAAAAGACACAAUCAAUGAAGAAGUGAUAGAACUUUUGAAUCCUUACUUUGAAAUGGCAGACUACAACAUUGAAACUGCUAAACGCGUAUGUGGGAAUGUAGCUGGUCUUUGUUCCUGGACCAAAGCCAUGGCUUCGUUUUUCUCUAUAAACAAAGAGGUGCUGCCCCUGAAGGCCAACUUGGUGGUGCAGGAAAAUCGCCACGUCCUAGCCAUGCUGGAUUUGCAGAAGGCACAGGCUGAGCUGGAUGACAAGCAAGCAGAGCUCGACGUGGUACAGGCAGAGUAUGAACAGGCCAUGACCGAGAAGCAGACCUUGCUUGAAGAUGCAGAACGGUGUAGGCAUAAGAUGCAGACAGCUUCCACACUGAUCAGUGGCCUGGCUGGAGAAAAAGAGAGAUGGACAGAGCAAAGUAAAGAGUUUGCUGCACAAACUAAGAGACUUGUAGGAGAUGUAUUGUUGGCUACGGCUUUUCUCUCUUAUUCUGGUCCAUUUAACCAAGAGUUUCGAGAUUUGCUGUUAAAUGAUUGGAAAAAGGAAAUGAAAGUUCGGAAAAUUCCAUUUGGAAAUGAUCUAAAUCUCAAUGAGAUGUUAAUUGAUGCUCCUACUAUUGGUGAAUGGAACCUCCAAGGUCUGCCAAAUGAUGACUUGUCCAUUCAGAAUGGAAUCAUUGUCACAAAGGCAUCACGCUAUCCUCUGCUAAUUGAUCCACAGACUCAAGGAAAGAUCUGGAUUAAAAACAAAGAAAGUCAAAAUGAACUCCAGGUCACUUCGCUAAACCACAAAUACUUCAGAAACCACCUGGAGGACAGCCUUUCCCUUGGAAGGCCCUUGCUUAUUGAAGAUGUUGGGGAGGAACUAGAUCCAGCCCUGGAUAAUGUUUUGGAGAGAAACUUCAUUAAAACUGGGUCUACCUUUAAGGUGAAAGUUGGUGACAAAGAAGUAGAUGUUAUGGAUGGUUUCAGACUCUAUAUUACCACCAAGCUGCCCAAUCCAGCCUACACCCCUGAAAUAAGUGCUCGCACCUCCAUCAUUGAUUUCACUGUCACCAUGAAAGGUCUAGAAGACCAGCUACUUGGGAGAGUUAUCCUUACAGAGAAGCAGGAAUUGGAGAAAGAAAGAACUCAUCUUAUGGAGGAUGUAACUGCAAACAAGAGAAGAAUGAAGGAACUGGAAGAUAAUUUGCUUUACCGUCUGACAAGUACUCAGGGAUCCUUGGUGGAAGAUGAGAGUCUCAUUGUUGUGCUGAGUAACACAAAAAAGACAGCUGAGGAGGUGACACAGAAGUUGGAAAUUUCUGCAGAGACCGAAAUUCAAAUUAACUCAGCCCGGGAGGAAUAUAGACCUGUUGCCACACGGGGCAGCAUCCUCUACUUCCUCGUCACUGAGAUGCGCUUGGUUAAUGAGAUGUAUCAGACUUCGCUCCGUCAGUUUCUUGGCUUGUUUGACCUUUCCUUAGCCAGAUCUGUCAAGAGUCCAAUUACUAGCAAGCGGAUUGCUAAUAUCAUUGAGCACAUGACCUAUGAGGUUUAUAAGUAUGCUGCCCGAGGGCUGUAUGAGGAGCACAAAUUCCUGUUUACCCUGCUGCUUACCCUGAAGAUUGACAUCCAGAGAAACCUAGUGAAGCAUGAGGAGUUUCUCACUCUUAUUAAAGGUGGUGCUUCAUUAGACCUUAAAGCCUGUCCUCCAAAACCAUCCAAAUGGAUCCUGGAUAUGACUUGGCUGAAUUUGGUAGAACUUAGCAAACUUAAACAGUUUUCAGAUGUACUUGAUCAGAUAUCAAGAAAUGAGAAAAUGUGGAAGAUUUGGUUUGAUAAGGAAAAGCCUGAAGAGGAACCUCUUCCAAAUGCCUACGAUAAAUCUCUUGACUGCUUCAGACGUCUGCUCCUCAUUAGGUCCUGGUGUCCUGACAGAACCAUUGCUCAGGCUCGGAAGUACAUCAUGGACUCCAUGGGAGAAAAGUACGCAGAAGGAGUUAUCCUGGACUUGGAAAAGACAUGGGAGGAAUCUGAUCCACGAACACCACUCAUCUGUCUCCUGUCUAUGGGCUCAGACCCCACAGAUUCCAUCAUCGCCUUGGGGAAGAGAUUAAAAAUAGAAACCCGUUAUGUGUCCAUGGGCCAGGGCCAGGAGGUCCAUGCUCGAAAGCUCCUGCAGCAGACCAUGACACAUGGAGGAUGGGCGCUUCUGCAGAACUGCCAUCUGGGACUCGAUUUCAUGGAUGAGUUAAUGGACAUAAUUUUAGAAACUGAUGUUGUCCACGAUGCCUUCCGCCUGUGGAUGACCACUGAGGUUCACAAGCAGUUUCCUAUCACACUCCUUCAGAUGUCCAUCCGAUUUGCCAAUGAGCCGCCACAAGGCCUGCGGGCAGGGCUGAAAAGGACAUAUGGGGGUGUGAGCCAAGACUUGCUGGAUGUGAGCUCUGGGACCCAGUGGAAGCCCAUGCUGUACGCAGUGGCUUUCCUGCACUCCACGGUCCAGGAGAGGCGCAAGUUUGGUGCCCUAGGGUGGAAUAUCCCCUAUGAAUUUAAUCAAGCAGACUUCAAUGCCACCGUGCAGUUCAUCCAAAACCACUUAGAUGACAUGGAUGUCAAAAAGGGUGUGUCCUGGACCACCGUCCGCUACAUGAUAGGAGAGAUUCAAUAUGGAGGCAGAGUCACUGAUGACUAUGAUAAGAGGUUGCUGAACACAUUUGCUAAGGUUUGGUUCAGUGAAAAUAUGUUUGGACCAGAUUUCAACUUUUAUCAAGGAUACAAUAUUCCAAAAUGCAGCACUGUGGACAACUAUCUCCAAUAUAUCCAGAGCUUGCCUGCCUAUGACAGUCCGGAGGUCUUUGGACUGCACCCCAAUGCAGACAUCACUUACCAGAGCAAGCUGUCCAAGGACGUGCUGGACACCAUCCUGGGCAUCCAACCCAAAGACAGCUCUGGAGGAGGGGAUGAGACCCGGGAGGCUGUGGUGGCCCGGCUGGCUGAUGAUAUGCUAGAGAAGCUGCCCCUGAACUACAGCCCAUUUGAUGUGAAGGAGAGGCUGCAAAAGAUGGGUGCGUUCCAGCCGAUGAACAUUUUUCUCAGGCAGGAGAUUGACCGAAUGCAGAGGGUCCUCAGCCUGGUCCGCAGCACCCUGACUGAGCUCCAGCUCGCCAUCGACGGCACCAUCGUCAUGAGCGAAAGCCUGCGAGACGCGUUGGACUGCAUGUUUGACGCCCGAAUUCCGGCUCAGUGGAAGAAAGCAUCGUGGGUUUCAAGUACCCUGGGUUUCUGGUUUACUGAACUAAUAGAAAGGAACUGCCAGUUUACCUCUUGGGUUUUCAAUGGCCGACCCCAUUGCUUUUGGAUGACAGGCUUUUUUAAUCCACAAGGAUUUUUAACUGCAAUGCGACAGGAAAUAACUCGGGCCAACAAAGGCUGGGCUCUGGACAACAUGGUGCUUUGCAAUGAAGUCACCAAAUGGAUGAGAGAUGACAUUCUUGCCCCUCCCACAGAGGGUGUCUAUGUCUACGGCUUAUAUCUUGAAGGUGCUGGCUGGGACAAGAGGAACAUGAAACUCACUGAAUCAAAACCCAAAGUGCUCUUUGAAUUGAUGCCUGUCAUAAGGAUUUAUGCAGAAAACAAUACUUUAAGAGAUCCUCGGUUUUACUCCUGCCCCAUCUACAAGAAGCCAGUUCGAACGGACUUGAACUACAUUGCCGCUGUGGACCUCAGGACGGCUCAGGCCCCUGAACACUGGGUGCUCCGUGGGGUCGCCCUUCUCUGUGAUGUCAAGUAACACAAGGGAUGUCCCACACCCAAUACUUCAGAAGUUACCAGAUCCAAAUUAUUGUAACCUUCAUUACUCUAUGAGUGUGGAUGGUGUAGACAUCAUGUUACUUGUGCAGUUAGUGAGCUACAUAGCUUUUCUCCACUCAUUAGUUGGAUGCUUAAUUGCAUUUUACCUGUUUCUUCAUUUUGAUCAAUUUAGUGAUUUGAAAUAAAAUGUGGAGACUAGUGCACUAGGACAGGGAAUUAAGCUACCACUUGAGAUGCUAGAACUCCAUAUUAGAGUGCCACAUAGGGUUCUUGGCUGCUCCUCUUCCAGUCCAGCUCCCUGCUAAUGUGUCUGGAGAAGUAGUAGAAGUGGCCCUAGUAUUUGGGCCCCUCCCACCUAUGGGAGAGACCUGGAUAGAGUUCUGGCUCCUGUCUUUCUUCUGGCCUAGUCCAGGACUAGGCCAUUUGGGGAGUGAAUGACUAAUAGAUGGAAGAUGUUUUUCUCUCUCCAUCUCCUCCCCCACCCCAUCACUCUGUCUUUCAAAUAAAUAACAUAAAUCUUAAAAAAGGAAGUAAAAUUUACAACUUCCUAAUGAAGUGUGGCCCUCCAAUCUACAAUAAUGUAUUUUCUUCUUACUUCAACUCUAAAUAAUGACUAGGUUGAGCAGAGAGCAUUUUCCUUGAAGGGAUUAACCUUCUGUUAACAGGGUUCUGGUUCAUAGUUCAAAAAAACAAGUUUGUGCUAAUUUUGCUCCCAUUGCCUUUCGUAUUUAGAUAAAAUUGAGAGAUUUAUUGUUAGAACUUCAAGCAGAAAAUUCAAAUGACUUCUAAAAUAGAAGGAAAUAGAAGAAUUAAUUAAAAAUAUAGGUGGACAAUCACAUAAACCUAUAGAAUAAUGUUCAAUCCCAUUUAUAGUUGAUAAUGAGACACUGACUUAUAUAAUAAAAAAAUUAAACCUGAAAGUGAA